CAAACUUUAGUUGAUAUUGAAAGCCAAAUGCCAAAUUAAAUUUUAGAAACUUUUCUUGAGGCGUACUAUGCAAAAUCAGAACCAGCAUCAAAACUAAUUUUAUUUUGAAUCUGGAAGAAGUUGAAAGACAAGUCAUUGAGUCCUCAAGAAGUUCAAAUUGAGGAGGUGUCUGCGGAGGUCUUUGGUGACAUUUAUAUAAUGAGUUGGCCAGUUGUAUAGUUAUUGAGUCCUAAUGUAAUGCAGAUUGAUCAUGGAUCUACAAUGGAAAUGGAGGAACCUGAAGAAAAUAUCGUAGAAUCUUAUUCUGUCGAAGAGGAUACUCCAGCGCUUGACGAUGUUCUUAUUCGAGGUGGAGUAAGAGAUUCGAACAAAGAAGACUGCAACGAAUCAGAGUAUGAAGUUUCUGCACUGCUAUCUCUAGAGAACUCUUCAGAGGAUACUGGUAAGAUAUUAUCAGCUACGAUCGAUGAUGGUGGAGCAUUAUUAAAUUCAUCGGAUUUUAAUGUGCUACCCCGCGAUCAAGUACUACUGAUGAAGAAUUGA